GAAAUUGUUAUAUAAACAAACACAGGGAUACAGCGCCAAAGGGUGCAGAGAGGUGAAUUUGGUCGAUCUGACUCUACCGUAGCUGUCGACUCAGUAGUUCGUGGAAAAUAGUAAAAUGGCUGGACUUUCGGGAUAUAGGAGCCUUCCACCCAAGGCAAAGAAUUUGGUAGUUGCUGGGGGUUUGACAGCUUUUGUCUUUGGGGCGUACUUCUACACCAUGAGAGCUGUUGGUGGUACUGAUGAACUACAGGUAGCAAUAGAUAAGUUUGAAGCUGCCAAGAGCAAGAAAGAGGGUGACGCAGGCAUGCCAUAGAAGGUCUAAAGCUGAUUGCUUGUGGAACAAAAACAGUACUUUGGGUGUAUUCACCAUUUUGGUUUGGGAUGCAGGCUUUCUUCUUAGCAUGAGAAUAUUAAAAAAAUGAUAUUGAAUCUUGUAGUUAAUAAGUUUCAACCUGCUUUAUGUACAAUAACUGAAUGGUAGGCAAACUAUAUUUGAGUUCUUUUUUUCUUUUUCUUUUUUUGCCUCAUUUAGAUACUUUGAUGUUAACACAAAUCUGGGAUCAUGAUAAGUGUAAGAAAAGCUGCUACUUGAGUUAUGGCUGAAUGCCAUUGCAAAAAUAAAAUGUAAAUCAUAUACACUGGUUCUAUUUUUGCUAUAUAUUAAUUAUU